AUGUCGAAGAAUUUAGACAGUUCUCCGUCUAGCAUGACCGCGCUUUUCGAACACCGAGGGGGGGGCGGCUUGUUUUACAACGUCGUUGCCAAGCGACGAAAACCCAACCCCGAGGGGGGGUGGGGUGUACUGUUUUUAUUUUUGCGCGUCUAACGGUAGUCAACUACAAAAUCGGGCUUACAAGUGCCGACACUCUUGAAGCAUUUUUUUUUAUUGCCGCGAAUGUCAAAAACAUCGAUGUGUCGUGUACUCUGUGGGCACCGGCUGGUACAUAGUUUUCGCGGCAAGGCAUGGACAUUCUCGGGCUUGGACAACCUCGCCUGCAACCAAGCACAGAUACAAAUGUCUCUUACUUGACUGUCUUUGGGCCGGCGUUUCCGAACCCUGCCUGACCUUGGAGGUUGGCAACGGUGCGCCCGACCGGGUUACGCAGGUUGUACAACGCCUAGGGGUUACAGGUCACUUUAACCCGCCCGUAACCGUGCCCACUGGCC